CUCGAUUGUGUUUAGAAGUGAAGUAAAUAGCGAAAGGGCAGUGGGGAGAGCCGAGCUUCUGAGGUGGACGGUUGACGAGACACAGGCUUGGACACUGGGGUUUUAACACGCACAGCGACGGACAAGACGCGGCACGGCAGAAUCCGAGGGAAAGGGAAACCUGAGUAUUGGGCUCGGAGUUCUUUCAAUGUCAUUUUUAAAAGACAGGGUGUCUGAGCACCAUGUCCGGCUGCGGUAACCUCAUCUGGGAUGUGAGGAAGCGCUCAAUCGGCUUCCACGAGCCCAACUCGGUCCGGAUUAACUACCUGGGGAGAAGAGAGUUCGUGCAGAGGCUCAAACUCGAAGCUACACUCAACGUUCACGAUGGCUGUGUGAACACAAUAUGCUGGAAUGACACAGGGGAGUACAUCCUUUCAGGAUCCGAUGACACUAACUUAGUCAUCACCAACCCAUACAACAGGAAGGUCAAGGCCACUAUUCGCUCAGGACACCGGGCCAACAUCUUCAGCGCCAAGUUCUUGCCUCAUACGAACGAUCAGCAGAUUGUUUCCUGCUCUGGAGAUGGCAUCAUCUUCUACACUAACACGGAGAAGAGCGCAGAAAUCAACAGGCAGUGCCAGUUCACGUGUCACUAUGGCACGGCCUAUGAGAUCAUGACGGUCCCCAAUGACCCCUACACCUUCUUGUCGUGCGGUGAAGAUGGGACCGUCCGGUGGUUCGACAUUCGCAUGAAGACCAGCUGCACAAAAGAAGAUUGUAAAGAUGACAUUCUCAUUAACUGCCGGCGGGCCGCCACCUCUAUCUCCAUCUGCCCGCUGAUCCCCUAUUACCUGGCCGUUGGAUGCUCUGACAGCUCGGUACGCAUCUAUGACAGGAGAAUGCUGGGAACCAGAGCCACAGGCAACUACAUGGGCCGUGGGACAACGGGCAUGUGUGUGCGCUUUGUCCCAGCACAUCUUACCAGCAAGUCAUGCCGCGUGACCUCGCUGUGCUACAGCGGCGAUGGGCAGGAGAUCCUGGUCAGCUACUCCUCCGACUACAUCUACCUGUUCGACCCCAAGGAUGACCAGGCCCGGGAGCUCAAGGGGGCAUCUGAGGAGAGGAGGGAGGAGCUACGUCAGCCCCCGGUGAAGCGCCUGCGCUUGCGGGGGGACUGGUCCGACACUGGACCCCGGGCACGUCCUGAGAGCGAGAGGGAACGGGACGGAGAGCAAAGCCCUAACGUGUCCCUGAUGCAGAGGAUGUCAGACAUGCUAUCGCGGUGGUUUGAGGAAGCCAGUGAAGCCCAGAGCAACAGGGGACGCCCCCAGCCGCGAGCCAGGGGGACGGCGGUCCGGCCAGAGGGGGCCACCUCCGCCCCAGAGGCAGCUGAGGGUACAAUGGAGACAGAGGCAGAAGCAGCAGCAGAAGCCCCCGCGCAGCCUGUCCCCAAGUCCACCUCGUCGUCCUCUGGCUCCUCCUCAACGGUCACAGCUCCGCCCACUUCCACCUCCUCGUCCCUGGAGAGCCCGGCCUCUUCCUCGCUGCUGUCUUCGCCCGACGCGGAAUUGAGAAGCCAACCCGUUCCAAGUCCCGCCCCCUCUGCGGAAUCCACGCAGCCUACACAGUCAGAUUCCCCCUCAUCCGCGGUAAACAAACAGCUCGGAUCGAUGACCCUGGACGAGGAGCAGGGAAACACGGAGGCUGCAGCUUCGAGCGGUUCUGGAGCGGCUGGUGUGCGAGCCGGAGCUGCGGAGCCGGUCCUCAGCCUACACUACAGCACAGAGGGCACUACAACUAGCACCAUUAAACUAGACUUCACUGAUGAAUGGAGCUGCAGGGCGUCCACUUCCAGGGGCAGCAGCCACAGACCAGACGAGGCAGACAGUAAGACCCCUCCAAGCACUGAGGAGGCUUCACUGGAGGGUGUGGAGCCAGCAGCUCCGGCUGUGUCCAAGCCUCCCAAGCCGAGUAUGUCUGUUCCAGAAGAGGAAAGUGCCACUACAGAUGAGGCCUCCAGUCCUUGUGAGGAUGUACCAGCUCAGUCAGCCACUCAGACAGCCCCUGCUGAGGGUGACUCAGGCCCCCAGACCCCAGGAGACUCUGAGAGGGCCACCCCAGAGGACUCCAGCAAGUCUUCCCAAAGGAGUGAGCCCCCUGGUGAGGGUGGACCCUCUCCACAGACGUUGCGCAGUAAUCAGGAUUCGGACGACAGCGACGACGACCCCAUUCUCAUACCUUCCACCCGAUACCGUGGUGGACAAGGGCAAAGGCGCUCUGCAGCUGCCCGUAUUCAGGAGCUGUUUCGCAGGAGGAAGGAGAGGCGAGAGAUGGAGGAGAGCGAGACUCAGAACAUCAGGAGACCUUCAGUCAAGAUGGUCUACAAAGGCCACCGCAACUCCAGGACAAUGAUCAAGGAGUCCUGCUUCUGGGGCAACAGCUUUGUGAUGAGUGGCUCUGACUGCGGUCACAUCUUCAUCUGGGACCGGCGCACGGCAGAGCACUUGAUGCUGCUAGAGGCCGACAACCACGUUGUCAACUGCCUUCAGCCCCACCCUUAUGACCCCAUUCUUGCCUCUUCUGGAAUAGACUACGAUAUCAAGAUCUGGUCCCCUCUAGAAGAGCUGCCUUCAUUCAACACAGUCCUUGCUGAGGAGGUGAUCACACGCAAUGAGCUGAUGCUGGAGGAGACGAGAAACACUAUCACGGUACCUGCUUCCUUCAUGCUGCGGAUGCUGGCCUCACUCAACCACAUCAGGACCGAUCGGAUGGAGGGCGAUCGGUCUGAAGGGUCCGGACAGGAAAACGAGGACGAGCAGUAGCCAUCCGUUAUCCUUUUUUUUUUUUUUUUUUAUUUUAAAUUUUGCUACAAAGUACUUGAACACUUACAAUUUGUACAAGUAAACCGUACACUAUUUCCUUAUCUAAACAUUAGUGCAAUUUUUAGCUUUUUUUAAGCAAAUUUUCCUACUAACUUUUCCUUGUGAACAUCGGGGACAAAGUGUGAAUGCAAGCUCUGCAGCCCAAGAGUAAAAUGUCAGAAAAUAGGGAUGAGUGUUGUUUGAGAAUAUA